CUGUAUUGAGCCUAAUGGAUUCUGAUCCUAAACUUCCGCAUGAUCAUCCUCUUUUAACAUACCAGUAUUCAGAAAACGAUCGGUGGAGUCCUGAAGAAAUAGAAGCAUAUCAUCAGGGAUUAUUAAAAUGGGACAAAGAUUUUUUUAGCAUUGCCAAAGAAAUCCCAACCAAAACUACCAAGCAGUGUGUUCAGUUUUACUACCUGUGGAAGAAAGUUUGUCCUGAUGAGUAUAAAAGAAUAAGACUUAUUAGAAGACGGAAGGAGCAAGAGAGUUUAUAUUAUAAUCUAAGAUCAAAAGAAGAAUUCCAAGAAAAUGAAGAAAAAAGUGUUAAACAAAACUCUUCUCCUACAACUACUCCUAAUCGUAGGCAAGGAAUUGAGGAUACAUCUGAGAAGCGUGUGGCUGUGAAUGGCUCGGUGUCAUCCUCAAAAUCCUCUGAAAUUAAGACCUCUGUACACAAUAAUACCUCUUCUGCUGCUACAUCUACUUAUAAUGGCUCUAAUGUUGCUUCUACGUAUGACUUUACCAUGGAGCCUCUUGAGGAAUUUCCAUGUAAAAUUUGUGGCAAAGUUUUCCCUAAGGUUAAAAGCAGAAGUGCUCAUAUGAAAAGUCAUAGGCAACCAGAUAGUGAGAAAAAGAGCAAGUAUGAAUCUUAAGUAGAGUUUUUAUCAUAAAACCAUAGACAAAUUUUACUGAUGCCAGAAGAAAAUGAAAUUGCUGCAAGAUGUGGCACAUCUAUUAAUGAAUAUUUGCUCAUUUUGUAACUUUGCUGAGAUUUUAAAGUUCUGCAGGUUUGGGGCUGUGCUCAGAUCAAAAACAAACUUGCCUUCUUUUGCCUCAAUACCUUUGUUCAAUCUAUGAUGUGUAUUUUGUUACAGAAGAAAUUUUUAAGUACUUAUGCAGAUUUUUAAUGAUUACAAAUUCAUUAUUACUCAUGUUUAACUGAAAAGCAUUCUUAGUGUAUGACAUUAUGUUAUUUUGCUGAAAUAGUAACAAUGUAACUGCACAACUCAGUUCCCCCCCCCCUGACAUUACAGAGAACAUAAGCUUAUAUACUUGAACCGUCCGGACCAUUUUGGUGCCAAAUUUAUUUUUCCCCAUUUUUAAGUUACUAACAUUUUAAAAUGAAUUAAAUGAUUGACAGAAUUAAAUUACCUGUUAUAUAACUUUGGGAAGUUUUACGCGCAGUUAUUUUCCAGUGGCAUUUUUUAGUUUCAAAGCUCAAUGGCUUGAUUUGAGAUUGCUGGGAUCUAAGUUCAAAUGUGUUAUAUGCUAUUGAUAAAUAAUGUUAAAUUGUACUAAGCAGAUUGGAGCUUAAUAAAUUUAUAAAAGUUAUGGAAUAAGAAAGGUUGACACUUUUAUAUUAUAUUUUAAUUGCAGUUUAUUCCGUUUUGAAUGUUAUCUAAUAUAGCAAGUGCUUUUUCUGG